GCUCCUGAUCAGGCGCAAUUGCUCCAACGAGCGGGGGAGAGGUGAAGAAACCGCAGAAGCUCAACGAUGAAGCACUUUUAAGAGAUAACGACGAGCUCCCCCGUCGGAGAUAAUUAAACAGGGUCAUCUACAUGACCAAAGAAACAGGACUGGCAACGAGAAACGCAAACGUAACAAUCAUGCAAUUUAAAUAUAGACGAAUUUAAGCAACCGCUUCUUCUUCAAGGUUACAUCGCUUGAAGACGCCCCAGCAUCCCCCUUGUCGUAGAUCAGCUGGUUGGUUGAUCAUCACCGGUACUGACCAUGUCCGUGGAAGAGAAGGGCUAUCCCGACGCUAUGCUGCUGCUGCGGGCCGAGGUCGAGCGUCUCUCCCGGGAGCUGAGUGACACCACGAACGAGAAGAUCCAGGCGGCUGAGUACGGGCUGGCGGUGCUGGAGGAGAAGCAGCAGCUCAAGCAGCAGUACGACGACCUGGAGAUCGAGUACGAGGCUGUCAGGCAGGAGGCGGACCAGCUCAAAGAGGCCUUUGGACAAGCCUACUCCAACCACAGGAAGGUGGCAGCGGAUGGGGAGAGCCGUGAGGAGUCUCUUAUCCAGGAGUCGGCCAGUAAGGAGGCCUACUACGAGCAGAGGGUCCUGGAGCUGCAGACCGAGGUCCGCCAGGCACGCAACAUCCUCACCAACACCCAGUCUGAGAAUGAACGCAUGAACACCAUCACCCAGGAGAUGAGAGAGAGCAGCCAGAUGGUGGAGCUCCAGAGGAAUCAGCUGCGUGAUGACGUCAAGGAGUACAAGUUCAGGGAGGCUCGUCUGCUGCAGGACUACACCGAGCUGGAGGAGGAGAACAUCUCGCUGCAGAAGCAGGUCUCCAUGCUCAAACAGAGCCAGGUGGAGUUUGAAGGUUUGAAGCAUGAGAUCCGUCGUCAAGAGGAGGACACUCAGUUCCUUAACAGCCAGCUGGAGGAUGCCAUCCGCCUGAAGGAGAUUGCAGAGCGUCAGCUAGCUGAAGCCCUGGAGACCAUCAAGACUGAGCGAGAGCUGAAAGCAUCCCUGAGGAAAGAGCUGUCCCACUACAUGAACAUUGGAGACACUCUUUGUCACAGCCCUCUCAGCAUUUCUCUGGUUGGUCUCAAGUUCAGCGACGAUGCCUCCACUGAACCCAACAACGACGAGGCUCUGCAGGAAUUUGAGAAUGGCUUCACCAAACUGGCCAAUGCUCUCGCCUACAACAACCGCAUCUCCUCUCCCGAGAAGGAAGAGCUGUUCAAUCCCGCUCCCAGCCUGGUGGACGACUUGCUGAGCGAACUGAACAUCUCAGAGAUCCAGAAGCUCAAACAGCAGCUGAUGCAGAUGGAGCGUGAGAAGGUCAACCUGCUGUCCACCCUGCAGGACUCCCAGAAACAGCUGGAGCAUGCUAACGGUGCUCUGUCCGAGCAUCAGGAAAAGGUCAACCGCCUCACGGAGAACCUCAGCGCCAUGCGCAAGCUCCAGGCCAGCAAGGAGCGCCAGUCUGCCCUGGACAACGAGAAAGAACGUGACAGCAACGAGGACGGAGAUUACUACGAGGUGGACAUCAAUGGACCGGAGAUUCUGGAGUGCAAGUAUAAGGUUGCCGUGUCCGAAGCAGGAGAGCUGAAGGAGGAACUGAAGACUCUGAAGACACAAUAUCAGGCCUGUCAGUCACGUUACGAAGAGGAGCACACCCGUCUGGAAUAUGACGUCACAACGCUGGGAGGGAAGCUGGCAACUCUAGAGAAGACCAGUCAGACAGAGAGAGAGAUGAAGAUCAAGCUAGAGAAGGAGCUGCGCAAGGUGAGCGACGUGGCAGGCGAGUCUCAGGGCAGCCUUAGUGUUGCGCAGGACGAGCUGGUCACCUUCAGCGAAGAACUGGCCACCCUCUACAACCACGUCUGCAUGUGCAACAACGAGACACCCAACCGUGUCAUGCUGGACUUCUACAAGCAAGGUAAGGGAGGUCGGAGCAGCCCUGAGGGUCGUGGCCGCCGCUCUCCCAUCCUGCUCACCAAGGGCCUCUUCCCUGAGCCUGGUAGGACCGACCUGUCUGACGGAGCCCCUUCCCCCGUCUCCUCGCUGCCUUCCCCCGGGUCUGAACAUCGCCGCGAGCCCAUGAACAUCUACAACCUGGUGGCCAUCAUCCGAGACCAGAUCAAGCACCUGCAGCUGGCGGUGGACCGCACCACAGAGCUGUCCCGCCAGAGGGUCGCCUCCCUGGAGCUCGGCACUGUGGCCGACAAGGACAAGGAGGCCUGCAUGGAGGAGAUCCUCAAACUGAAAUCCCUGCUCAGCACCAAGAGGGAACAGAUUGCAACCCUGAGGACUGUCCUCAAGGCCAACAAACAGACAGCUGAAGUGGCUCUGGCCAAUCUGAAGAGCAAGUAUGAGAACGAAAAGGCGAUGGUAACCGAGACCAUGAUGAAACUGAGGAAUGAGCUCAAAGCCCUGAAGGAGGACGCUGCCACCUUUUCCUCUCUCCGAGCCAUGUUCGCCACACGUUGUGACGAGUAUGUCACCCAGCUGGACGCGAUGCAGAGGCAGCUGGCUGCAGCAGAGGAUGAGAAGAAGACCCUCAACUCCCUGCUGCGGAUGGCUAUCCAGCAGAAACUGGCCCUGACACAGCGCCUGGAAGACCUGGAGUUCGAUCACGAGCAUACCCGCCGGGGGGGGAGCUCCAGCCGGGCUAAGGCCCGCAGCAAGGCCACCAGCGCCACCCCCCUCACCCCCCAUGUAAGUCAGAGUCUCACCUGCUCUGGCUCCGGCCGUCCAGAGCUCAACAAUGCUAUGCCCAACGGCAUUAUGGGAGGCCCUUCAGUCUUCUGCAGCGAGAAGUACAAGAUCUACUGUGACUGAGGCGGUUGAGAAGUCUGCAAGGACUGCUGUGUACAGAGGGGAGGGGGCCCACGGCCGAAACCCUCCCUGCCUUAGUGUUAAAGAGCCCCACUUGCUCGCUUAGCUCCCUGGCCAGCCUGCGCUCCUCUAGGGACUGCUGUGUGACUAACCGGCUGCUCGUGUGUGCUAGUGUAAACGCUUAUGGGAAUGCUGAUGUAUGUACAGUGUGCACUAGACGUUUGGACUGCAGUAGACAUAUAUGGCAUGUGGAUUAUAGGGCCCCGGUUAUAAUGGGGGAUUUGUGGGUAUAAUGGAGUGUCCAUUCUUUCCGCUGUCAUAGUGCUGUACGUAUGAUGUAAAAGGUGGUGGCUUUUGUGCUCGUUCGUUCACGCCCCCUGAGUGUAAUGCCUGGUAACAGCAACACAUUGUGGGGGCGGGGACUUGUAAAGAAGAUGUCAAUAUGACCGUCCCGUGUCUGUUGGCAAGGGUGCUCCUUUGAUAAAAGCCCCCUCCUCUCUCCUGCCUCUCCGUCCUGGUCCCCCAGGACUGACCUCUGACCAGCAGCCCACUGUAUAAUCAGGUCACUCUUUGAGAAAAAGAAACUUGACACAAAAGGAGUUUGAAGAGAAAAAAACUCAAAUAUGCAAUCUCCCUCUGCUUUCUUGCUAGGGGAGCACAGUGUGAUUCUAAACAGAGAUUCAAAAACUCAAAAGUGGGAUUGCUACUGGUUUUAUAAUGGAAAGGUUUGGGCAAAAAAGGAGCACCUAUGACCGCAGGUGUUUAUUUCCGGAUAAUAUUCAAGCUGUGAUUCUAGCACACCAAUACAAUAGGGUCAUUAGAAACGCAUGGCUUUGCAGCUAAAAAUGCUUAUGAGCUUUUUAACUGUUUUUCUGUCGUCAGGUGUGUGGUACAAGACGAACCCAUGUCCUGCAGGGCUCUACAUUGUAAAAUAGGACUUACUUUGUGUCUGGUGGAAUACAGUCCAGGAGGACUAUUCAAUGUGAUCCAUUACGUUGCGAUGGAUUCUUUCAGAGACCUAUCAAAAGAGAGAAAGAACUUUUGACAAAUCGAUCUCAACCACCCAAAUGAGGUGCAUUUCAGCAUUGGUGCCUCAAGUUCCUACUUCUGUUAAAAAGGAUCAAAUGAUUGCUGUGAACAGAGAUACAAUAUAGUUUGAAUCAAAGAAGAGUAAAUCCUAGAAGAGCACAAAUCAAAAAGGCACCCACAUGUGCACAAUAAAUCUGCAAACGAAACCAACCGACCACUCGGCAAAAGUGCCUGUCGACCCAAACACUUGAUAUAUUAUAUCUGUUGAUGUAAAGCCCUGUCCUUCUGUCUCUACUUCAGGGGACUUUGUUCCUUCCCAUCUACCCCCCAUCCUCUGUCUCCGAUUUUUGGGAGAUCGCUCUGAGCUCUUAAAUUAUUUCUGAAAAAUUAAGUGGCUAAAAACCCUCUCCUCACGUCUCUAAUCAGUGUCUUGUCACUCGGUCGCCAUAUCAACCCUCUCUCUUUUAGAUUGCCAGCAGCUUGCUCCCCACCAUCACCACUCACCCUUUAGCUAAAAUGAGGAUUUAAAAUAUUUUUAUCAGGUAACGUCCUCACAUACGUUGUGUUUCCGAUAGUUGCCUGUGUGUAUAUAGCGUUUACGUGAAGGGCCCUUGUGUGUAUUAGGUUUUUAACCUUUGCGAAUGGAGGGUCACGCAUUACUUUUUUAUUGUUUUGUGAUGUAUGAAGACAGAAAGUUUUUGUAUCUACAAUAGCUUUAACUCUUUGCAAGCUAGCAUUACGCAAAUAGGAACAACAAUAAGUGGGGCUUGUGUUUGAUAUAACCAUGUACUGCUUGUGGAUCAUUAGGCCCAUUAGCUUGAUGAUGCUAAAAGCAGGGUUGAUUUGAGCAAAUCCUGCAAGAUUGAUCAAAUUAUGCGUUUUCUAUUACUAUGCUAUAUAUAUUUAAAAGUCUAUAUUCUUAAUAUGAUCAUGUUCAGGUUAUAAUCUUGCAGGAUCCAACUACAGUAUUCCUUCCUCUCGGAUAUAAAGAGAGGGAGCUUCGUUAUUCCUGGAAUAAUGAAAAAGGAACAAUGCCAGCGGUCAACCCUGCUUGAGUGUGCAUCCGUAAGCACACAGCAUGGAGACAAGGCUAUCGUCUACACCUCCUUAGAGGUCAAUCACUCUUAAGUUUGAGAUUCACUUAACUUACAAGUGUGAUAUAUGCUUUCUAUCAGUUUGCGCUGACAGAGAAAAAGGUUUGAAGAGUAGAGGAGGGAGAACUACUCGUGUUGUAAACCAGCUCCUGAGAGAGGAGAUAAGAAAACCAAACAUGCUGGUGAAGAAAGCCAGAUAUUUGGCUGAGAGCUGACUCUCAAACGGGGGGAAAUGAAUCCAGGACUUUCCUGAGGGAGAAACUCCUUCUUCUUUUUUUGGAGGAACACAAAGAAACUAAAACUGGUCGCUCAAUGGACCAGAGGACAUUGAUUCAAAUUAGUUGAGACCCUUACUCUCCUUUGUAUAGGCUCUGUGUGAUCACUGAGCAGUAGGUAGACCCCAGGAUGUAUUUGUGACUAGAACCUCCCCUACUUAUAUUAAAUAGUAACCCUAUUGCUCCGUCUAGUUUGAAAUCAAUGUCUGGCUUAUCUGGUGUCAUAACAACACGCACCCUAAAAAGCAUCUCCUACCUCUGCGUGCAGGCUCCUUCCAAGUCACCCUUUAAGUUUGAACACAUGAUGCAUACAUCUCUGAUUCAUAGAUAGCCUGCAUGUCAGCAACUUAACCCAUUGCUCAUUCACUUGCAUGUUAUAUGAGAAAGAUCCCAUGUCCUCAGACCUGGGUGGUUGGAUAUGGCUUUAACUCUGUCCUGUGAACAAAGGCUUUGGUACUUGUGAGUCAUUGGCUUUCUAACCGCAACUGCAGGAGAACUUUUGGCAACUGUGCUUUCACAUCAGCUCCUCGUAAACAUAUUAAUGCUCCUGGCAGAACAUCGGCUGCCUCAGAGUUUCUAACAUGGCUUCUGUUGCUUUGACUAACUCAAACCGCCGCCUGCUUUGUCCGUGUGGACUCAGCUGCUCUGUUAACCGUCACUCUAAAUUGACGGAUAAUGCUAAUGCCGAUCAUCUGUUCUUUGCUUCAUUUUGCAGUAAUUACAGUAGUUCCGUGCGGAUGAUGAAGUUCCAACACAAGGUCCAUUCUCACAAAUAGGCCAUUUGGACUUGGAGGACAAAACAAAAACUCAAUGAAAACACUGAUUUAUAGUCGAAUAAACUGACACUUCCUUCUUAUUGCCUUGAUGGCUAUUAGAAAGACACUUUGCAUGCUGCUGCUGCUGGAAGCCAAUUUCUCACAGGUCCAAUGAACACAUUGAAUUCUGAUCAGAGUUGUAUCAAACCCUCCAAUGAGAAGCAUGGGGUUGUUUCUCCAUGUGAAUCAACUGUUUGGUCUGGUUUCAUCUUUUGUUUUGUUUUAAGUCAUGUUUUUUUUUUCAAUCUGUGCACUUUUAUUAUAUAGGAUUAUAACAGACUAUAAUGAACCUAUAGGAGAAAGCGUGGUAGUUCUAUGGUUUGUGAGUUAUUCAGUAUACGGUAUAAUACUCUAGGAUUAUACGACCUCCUGAAUCAUCUAAACUUAAAUAACGGAAACUAUUUACUCAAGUAAAUGCUCCACAAACCACAGACCUACUAUUAUGACUUUAACCUCAAGAUUUUAUCCAUCAAAUAACCAUGUUUUAAUUGCUUUGUUACGUCAUAUGUUAUGCUGUUGGUUUUCUUUUGUGGUUGUUCCACUGCCAUGUUCUAUACAAAAAAUCCAGGGUGAUGCAAAUUCUGGGGUUUUUUCAUGUAUUUAUUAUUCCUAGGAAUAGUUCAAAAUGACACAAUGAAACUUGACAACGCUCUGACUCGAAUAGGUAAGUUGUGUUUUCGGAAACAUUUGAGUGGUAUGAUAUGCUUUUCCUCUCUUCUUACCGAGGGCGUUCCACUGAACCGGGAUCACUGACUCUCAGAAUUCUCUGCAAAAGUGCAAAAAUUAAAUUCCAAAUUGGAAUUGUUUCAUUCUCUCUUCGUUUAUCGUGCCAAAUCUUGGUACACCGUUUAGGUUGAAAAGAAUCAAGACUCGGAGGAGACAAACUGAUAAAGGUGAAGCUGGCCAUGGCUCUCCAAGCGAGCGCCGGGGUUUUGUUUUUGGUUCGUUUAGUUCUUUGUUUCUGACCAGUAGUGCCUUUCAUCGUUUCAAGGGAGAAUCUUAGACUAGUAUUUGAUGUUUACUUUUUUUUAUAGGUGAGGACUUUGGGUUCAAAAUGCCUGUGAGCAGCAAUAAGUGCAAAGGGAAUUCCCCCGUCUGCAUGGGUGAGAUGAUAGUUUGGGAAUUCGCUCAAUAAAACUGAAAUUGUAUUGAAUUCUGCAGGUCAGUGAUCCCACUCAAACUAAUUCAGGGGUAUUAUUAAGAAAAGGUUGUUUUUUAUCUAACUUUGGGAACCAAAUGAAAUCCCUUUGGCCUCCUGUUAUUGAACAAAAUGCUCAAAGCAUCUGUAAUGUGUCCGGGUAGAUUGGUGAAGGUCAUGUGAUAUCAAUAGUAUUGUAGACAAAUGUGCAGAGAGCGCAUUUUCUCAUUCUUUUUGUCCAAUUUCAGUUUUUGUUUGUUAUAUUUUUUACUCUUGAAUCUUUUUUUACUUCAUCUUAUUAUGUUUUCAGGAAACAGAAAACAAAAUAAGCAUCAACAAGCUUGAAUAGUGCCAUUACAGCCAAUGCUUGCUUGUUGAGGCAUUAAAGUUACCAAUACGGAAGAUAAGCUAGGAAAUUAAAGUGCAAUUCUAACAAUGUUUUUACAUUUGAAAAAAAGGAGAAAGUUUUCUGUUUGCUGGAAGCGAUAGCAUUGUGAUAAUACAAUUAGCUGUGCAAACUUUAUAUUGUCAUAUUGUGUUUCAGUAUUGAUCCAUAAUGAGAGUUUGAUAUCUUUAUAUGAAAUAACGACUUCACCUGUAUGUUGGUAUUUAUUUGAAUUGUCAUGCAGUACUGUAUCCUUAUCAAUAAUGUGCAUUAUGAAUAGUGGCAUAUUGAUUACAGCGCAAUGCCAUAUGCAUGUUUCCCAGUCAUGGGACCUUUACACAGGAUUGAAAACAAACAUGUAAACUUCAUCAGGGUGAUAAACAAAAAAAAGAAAUGUGGAGAAACAAAAAGGAGAAGACAAGUUAAGUCUGAUGUAUUACUGCUGAAAUAAUCCUAUGAAAGUGUUUUGUUUGUUUUCUAGAAGCGAGGGAGGAUAUCUGUGUAAAGGUAGUCAUACUGGCCAAAAAUCAAUAAAAUGUGACUUAAGUUCCA